ACCCACACAGCACUACAGCAGAAUCAGAACACCACACCCAAAAAAUUGCAGAGAGAGAGAGAGAGAGAGAAUGAGCGGAGCAGGGAAGGUGGUGUGCGUGACUGGUGCGUCCGGUUACAUUGCUUCGUGGCUGGUGAAGCUCCUUCUCCGCCGCGGUUACACUGUCAAAGCCUCUGUUCGUGAUCUAAAUGAUCCAAAGAGAACAGAGCACCUGCUUAAAUUAGAGGGAGCCAAGGAGAGACUGUUCUUGUUCAAAGCGAACUUGCUGGAAGAAGGUUCUUUUGAUUCUGUGGUGAAUGGGUGUGAAGGUGUUUUCCAUACAGCAUCCCCCUUUUUUACCAAUACCACAGAUCCAAAGGCUGAAUUGAUUGAUCCGGCAGUAAAGGGAACACUAAACGUCCUGAUAUCAUGUGCCAAAACCCCAUCUGUCAAAAGAGUGGUGGUGACAUCUUCCACGGCUGCGGUUUCAUACACUGGGAGACCGCGAACUACUAAUGUGGUUGUUGACGAGACUUGGUUCUCUAAUCCACAGAUUUGUAAGGAAUCAAAGCUUUGGUACGUACUUUCAAAGACGCUGGCUGAAGAGGAAGCCUGGAAAUUUGUGAAGGAGAAGGGCAUUGACAUGGUUACCAUAAACCCAGCAAUGGUGAUAGGUCCACUUAUACAGCCCACACUAAACACAAGUGCUGCAGCAAUUCUGAACUUGUUAAAUGGAGCACAAACAUUUCCCAAUGUAAGUUUUGGUUGGGUAAAUGUAAAGGAUGUGGCCAAUGCACAUAUUCUAGCAUUUGAGAAUCCUUCAGCCAAUGGAAGAUACUGUUUGGUGGAAAGGGUUGCACAUUAUUGGGAAAUUGUGCAGACUUUACGCCGGCUCUAUCCUGGCCUUCCCCUUCCAGAAAAGUGUGAGGACGACAAGCCCUUCAUGCCAACAUAUAAGGUGUCCGUGGAAAGAGCAAAAAGCCUGGGCAUUGAUUUUGCUUCCCUUGAGGCCAGCCUCAUGGAAACAGUUGAAAGCCUGAAGGAAAAGAAAUUUCUCAGUGCAUAGUGUUGGAUUUAUCUUAGGAAAAUUUUCACCAAAUCAAAUAAAUGGUUGAUGCCAAAUGAGUCCUGCUUGUAUGUGUGCCUUGGUUCUAAGUCUCUCGUCAUUUUUUAAACUUAUAUUUGGGUGAGGACAAGUCUUUUAUCUUGUCAAGAAGUUUUACUAAACUUACAGUAAAAUCAUUUCUGGAGAUGAAAAUUCGAAA